AUGGCUCCCCGCAAGCCAACCGCAACUGCAAAGCCAGCGAAGAAGGGCAUCGCCAGCCAAAGCAAAAAUGUCGUCAAGAGGCCUGUCCGUGGCUACCACAAGUACAAGAAUGGGCUGCUAAAUGUCACACCCAAGGGUGAUGAGAAAGACCUUUUCAAGAAUAACCAGCACUCGCCGCUGCUUCGCCUACCCCCUGAAAUCCGUAACCGUAUCUGGGAGUAUACUCUUGGAAAUAUCGUGUUCAGGGUACGCGGUAAACGGUCCGGCCGGAAGUAUUCGAUGGAUUUUGUACCUCCGUCCAAUGAGCCCAGCAUCGGCGUGUCUCUUCUUCGCACUUGCUGCCAGAUAUACUCUGAAGCUGCAUCCAUGCCCAUCCGCCUCAACACCUUCGCCUUCUUGUCUACCUGGGCAGUAAAAAAGGUCACGAAGCAGCUCAAACCGUACCAACGCAAGCAGAUCAACACUAUUCGGCUCGAAGCUUACUCACCUGACGAUCACAAGCUUACUCAUCUCUGGCAGAUGUCUUCAAGCAUCAGCAUCUACCCUGCUGUGAAGACGUUUCAGUUCAUCGUGCACGGCGGGGCUGGCCAGGAGAAAUCCAUUACUCUAAAAGACAUCGAGACCCAGUUUCGCGAGGAUCACGCAACAUUAUUGGACGAUGCUGGCAUUGGCUUGAUCGUGGAGGAAGGAGAUGGAUUAAUGCCAGACUCUUGGUUCUCGGUUCUUGGUUGAAAUUGGUUAGCAUCUGACAAAAUCGGACGAUUGAGGAUAAUCUGAUGUCGUCCGCACG